UUCACUCCGAUCACGAUUUGAACUCGAAAACGUACGACUGCAAGUCUACAACCCCUCUUCCUUAUCGUCGCAGCAACACCAGGUCGAAGCCCCGCUACCUUUCUUCGACCCAGAUACAACGGCGGGCCGUGAAGUGACGGCACCACUCCAGCAACGGCGGCGACUGCAAAAUUCGAACCCCUCGCUAGAGCGGUUCCAGAUUUCGGAGGGGUUGGAGCGAAUCCGGUCUCAGCUCUACAGAUUGAGAGGCUUGGUCUCUAUCCAUCCAUUCUCCCUCCACCGGAGAUCGGGUCCCCGGUACACUUUUUCGAUCCUGAUACAACGGCGGCCGUGAAGUGAAGGCACGACUGCAGCGACGAGACGCAGCACGGCAGCCACCCGGCCCUCGGCCCCUCGCCUGAUCGGGAUUGGGAUUCGAGUGAAUCCGGUCUUGGUUCUACAGAUUGGGGCUUGAUCUCUAUCUGAAAAAUACGGACGCAAUGCUAGAAACUUAUGAAAAACUGCUAAAGCAAGUCGAUAACAGAGCUAGGUUCCUUGCUGGUGUUCUCAGUGGUGACAUCCAAUGCAUCAACAGGAAGAAAAACGAGCUACGGCAAGAGUUCAUUGAAAAGGGAUUUGAUCCCCUCCCGAAGGAGGGGCAACCCGUUGUCAUACGACCAACAGGAGUCAAGGAAGAUGCCAGUGAUUAUGACUAUCUCACCAAAAUGUCAGUUUCUAGCUUAACCGAGGAGUACCUGGAGCAUCUUCUGGUACUAAAGAAGAGACUUGAAAUAAAAGUUGGACUCCUACGGAAAGCUGCAGCAGAAUAUCUGAAAUCUGAAAAGGAACCAAGGUUGCUUGACACAAAUUACACAAAAGCUCCAUCAGAUAGAGAUAACAUGGCUGCCAAGGACAGUCAGGUAUUUGAAGCAGCUCCUAGGAGGCAGUAUAAAAGAACUGCUUCCCAUUCUCUUGAGGAAAGUGCAAUGCUGAUGGAUGGUGAUGAGAAUGAGGCUCUCGAGCUUAAAGAUCAGUCCCAAGAACAUACAGAAACUGAAUGGUCACAAAAGCAAGAAAGAAAGAAACAGAGGAAAGGACCAAAGAAGCAGAGAAAGGAAUCAAGUGAAACAGGCACACCAAUACAUUGCUGCCCUGCACUGGAUUUUCGGGGCCACGACAAAUCAGGGGACGGCUUCCUCGUGGAAGAAAUUAAGAGAAUAUCAAGUGGUUUAGAUGGGAUUGAGAUUACCCACUGUAGAUCAAAGUAUGGUAGCUCACGAGUUGGCUAAAUUAAGCUUCCGCGGUGCAUCUGUGUCUCUUUGCCAUGAGGGCCUACUGUAGUUUCCCUUGUCGCUUGCUGAUGUAAAGCCCUUUCUGAUUAUUACAUAUCAGUCUUUCUCCAGAGUGAUGCAUUAUUACUAUAAGUGACGAAUUGUAGUUAAAUGCUGCUUACUCUGCCUAGUAGAUAAGCUAAUGAAAGAGUAUUAGUGGUGUAGGAGAAUCUGAUCAGGGGUUAUGUUGGAGGUUGUGGCUAUGUUGUUCUUUUGUAGCACCAAUCUUCUGUGUGAAGAUUUAUCA